AUGGCCUCCUCCUCCUCAAUGCCAUUGGGCAGCUUCAAUAGUGCAAAUGGCAAAGUAAUCAUAGUUACAGGUGCAGGUGCCGGAAUAGGCUUUGCUAUUGCCAAUACCUUAUUGGAUGAUGAAGCGACUUCUCUGGUCAUUACCAUAGAUGUCAACACGGAAAAACUCAAGGCCUUGAUAGACUUGCAUUCGGAAAGGCUUACAGUCAUCCAAGGUGAUGUUUCGGACCGAUCAGUGAGUCAAAGGGCGGUCGAAACAGCUCUUAACCGGAGGGGAAAAGUUGACUGCCUCAUUCUAAAUGCUGGCGUGUUGAGCCCGGUUGGUCGUGUCGAGGCAACAGCAGUAGCAGAAUGGAAGAAUCUCUUCGACAUAAACUUUUUUGCACUUGUGCAUGCUAUCCAGCUCGCUCUCCCGUACCUACGAAGAGUAAAUGGUCAGGUUUUGAUGACAUCUUCGGGUGUAUCAUUGCGGCCGUUUCCAUCCUGGGUUCCGUAUGCAUGCUCAAAGGCGGCCAUGAAUUGCUUAUGCAGUUGUCUUCCCACCGAGGAAGACCAGGUGAGAUUCCUUUGCGUGACCCCAGGGAUUGUCGACUCGGGAAUGCAAGGCCAGGCAAGGGAAGAACACAAGUCGAAUAUGACCCCACAACAGCACGAGUGGUUGAGUUCUCUGCAUACCAAAGGAGAACUGCUCAGGCCACAACAGCCCGCCAACUCGUUUGCAAAGCUCGCCCUACGAGGUAUUCCAAAGGUACUGAAUGGAAUGGUGAUAUCCUGGAACGAUCCAAGAAUAGACGAUGAAUAA